AUGAAGACAGGCGCCGCUGCUCCAGGCCGUGGCGUGCCACACGACAUGCGUGAUGAAUCGUGUCCGGCGUGUGCCGAGAGUGUCAGCGAUCACCAAAAUGACGUCGAUACUUGGAUAGCAUGCUCACAUUGUGGUACAUGGUACCAUGUUGUGUGUGUCCGCCUGACCAAUUGGGACGACUAUGACAAGUGGUACUGCCAGACCUGUCGUGACAGUCUGCCACUUGAGCCGAAAAUGCGCGCACCGAGACGGCGAUCGCACCGCGCACGGCCUACCACGGACUAUGCAGCCGUGCAAGAAGGCAAGCCGUCGGACCCUAUUGGCCGGUGGACCUCGUUGCUGGCCCAAUAUAAAGACUGGCCUGUGCGUGUCUUGCGCGUGGAAGGCAGCACAUGGACAUCGCAGUGGCUCUCGACAUCGCUCGAGCCACUGAUAUCACCCACCCUCGUCCCAGCUCCCGCGACACAAGAUCUAGACAACCCGGCUUCCCAUAUACCCGGCAUGCGAAUGCCACCACGGCACACGACGAUCCGGGAUGUGGCGCAGCUCGUUGGACCAGACACGCACGUGGAAGUGAUUGAUGUGCGAACGCAAAUGUCGUCACGCGCAUGGACGCUGAGUAUGUGGGCUGAUUAUUUCGAGACACCCGCGGCGAAACGCGACAAGCUCUUGAACGUCAUUAGUCUUGAAAUCACAGGCACUGCCAUGCAGCGCAUGGUCGAGGCGCCGGCCAUGGUGCGCGAAAAUGAUUGGGUUGAGCGAGAUUGGCCCAUGCAUCGACGUCCCUGUCACGCGGACGACGAGGCGCGCAAGUGGCCCAAGGUGCAGCGGUACGUGCUGAUGGGGGUGCAGGGCGCUUUUACCGACUUUCACAUUGAUUUUGCCGGUACAUGGGUCUACUAUCAUGUCGUGUGGGGUCACAAGAUGUUUUUGUUUGCACCGCCUACAUCAGCCAACUUGGCCUCCUACAAGGCGUGGACGCUCUCUGCGCAGCAAGAGAGCGAGUGGCUCGGUGACCGACUACAACAGCUCACCAAGGUAGAGAUACGCACGGGCGAAACGAUGCUGAUCCCACCUGGCUGGAUUCACGCUGUGUAUACGUACCAAGACACACUCGUUAUCGGAGGAAACUUUUUGACAGAUCAUGAUGUGGCCAUGCAUUGGCGCAUCGAGCAAAUGGAAGGGGCGACGCACGUUCCGCGCAAGUUUCGGUUCCCACAUCUCGUGCGACUGGCAUGGUACGUGGCGUAUGCAUGGCACAAGCGCCUUUCUCACGGUACAUCUGCCCCGCCUCCGCGCGUCAUGGAGGGUAUUGCGCAGCUAUGUAAGCGUCUCGAGCAAGAUGUGGCGAAAAUGGAGACGCUGCCAUCUGCCUCGAAAGGCUAUAAGGCGGCGUGGGACGCCGUGCCGCGGGAUGUGAUCAGAGAUCCACGAGCUCUCUUGCAAGAGAUGCAAGCUCACUGCAAGUCACAUAACGUGCCACAUAAACGACAGCGUCGCCACUAUGAAGGUUGA